AUGUCAUCCGUCGCCCACGACACGGCCUUACAUACCUUGGCCGCUCUAGAGCAGCGAUUGCAACGCGUGCGUUUCUUGCUCUACGGUACCUCUACCGCAACCGACCCGGACACCAACGUCGAAACGCCUGCCGACACAACUGUAACUCAAUCCAUUGCUUCGAGACUACACGCUCUGCAAUCCGACUUCAACUCCCUUCUCUCCAACAACAAGCCUGCUCAGGAAAUCGUUGCACUUCAAUCUCAACUCCAACAUGAAUCCCCUGAUAUGACCCAAGAUGCUCUGGCUACCCUCGUUCUCUCCCAUGCGCCCUCAUACCAGGCCACAGCUGCUCGCCUAACCUCUCUCCAAGAUCUACCGCUCCCGGAUCCUUCUUCCUCGGCCGCCCUGAUCCACUUGCUUCCCCGCUUGCAACGCGCUGCCCUCAGACAAGAGAAUCAACAACAAUCUAUCGCCCAACUGCGACACCAAAGCCUUGCUCUACUCGCCAGGUGGUACGACUCGGCCAUAAUUGGGAUGGACGAUUGCUGGACCGAGUGGGAAGCCAGACUCAUGCAUCAAGAGAAACUCGUCAGAAGAGCAGAAGCUGACGAAAGCUAA